AAUUGCCACUGCCUGGAACCAUUGGACCAUUCCAUAAGUUCAGCGAUCUCCCCCUGUGAGCCAAGGACAAAAAACAAUUCCAUUUUACUCAAACUUGAUUGCAGUCGCUACGGGAAUGCAAUGUCCUCAUCAUGUCUUUUCGCCUAAACGACCUCGAAACCCAUAUCGAUCCCACCCUACCAGGCCUCUCUUGCUGAUCAAGAAUUCACAAGUGAACCAUGCUCAGCGUGUUGCAACCGGCCCGGAAGUUCUCAAUCCUGCAGAAAUAUGUUUGACUGGCUAAUAGAUAAGACUUUCUCUCCUCGCUCUGCUUGAAUAACCUACGAUGCGAGCUGGCCAUGGUACUGUGGAGAUUUUCCACACCCCCGCUUCGUUUAGCGAUAGAUGGUGCCACGGAACGAACCAGCAUUUUCCCGACCUCCGCCGGGCUCUUCGUCGCCUGGACUCUCUACCACUCUUCAUGUCAUUUUUCAGCAAUUGAGAAGAAAACUUCUUCUCGACUAACUCGAGCGACAAAGACCAUUUCCAAAAGUUUCACAGUGAGCCCGGAGCACCUCCAAUAUUCUACACUCGUGUCUCUAUAAGCUUCAAAGGACGUCACAAUUCGGCUGUUCGAGCUACCCACCUACACCUCAAAAAUCAACUUGGAUUACCAGAGCCAAUCUCACUAUCUGAGACAUGAUGAGGGUCUCCAAAAGCACCCUUCGCUUUGACCCAAUCCUUACACCGUCGCUAUUGGCUACUUACCGCCUAGCGUCUGACAGGUGGCGUGUAGGAUGCGACAGCGAACCUUUUUCCCGGGCGAUUGUCUAGUGGCCAACUUGCCGACCGUAUUCUGCCUUUCGCUCCAUAAGAAAACGGCGACUUUCACAAGUAGAGAAAUAGCAUCGCAAUAAUCGCGCAUUCGCGACCAUCGAGUGCUCUUGCGUCCACUAUGUUUGAGUCAUCGAAUUCGUCGACCCCCGAGUCGGGGUACUCUUCGUCGCCUUUCGUUUCGCCGCCAUCGUCUGCUUCGUCGUGUUCAGACCCUCUCGAGGAAUCACACUUGGCCUCGAAUCUGCCGCACAGAACCACUGCGAAACCACAGUCAUCAUUCCUCUUCAUAGACUACCAAGAAGACAAGUCACAGAACAAAAAGCUGCGCUACGAGAAACAAGGGUUUCUACUCAAAAAUUAUCACAGGAGGAAAAAGCAAGCGUCCAUUCAGCGCUUGAAAGCCCCGAAAACGGCCCCGACCAACCAUCUUCUUGUCGAUCACUCAACAAGCGAGCAAUCGACCUCAUCUAAUGCAGACUCUACCGGAGAGCAGAAUGGAUGGGUUGAUGAAGUUGAGAUUUCGACAAGAGCCCCCGGACAGGCUGUACUGCGGUCUGAGAUGUGGUCCCUCAAAGCCUAUCUCAGUCAGGGCUGUGCCGAUCCGUUCAGGGCGUCAGCGGUCGAGAUGACAGAUUCGAUGAAUUUGUACUUUCAUCAUUUCCGAAUCCACACAAUCGCAGCAUGUUACCCAGUCGACGCUACAAGGAUGAGUAUGUGGUGGUGGCAGAAGGCAAUCACACAGCCAGCUCUUCUUAAAGCGCUCCUAUUUUUGACAGCAGGCCACCAGGCGACAUUAGAGUCGAGCAACGGUGUUUCAUCUCUAGUCAUCAAGAAGUCAAUGCGGGAUUCGCUUCAUCUCCGCGGUGAUACACUUACGACGUUGAAUAAUAUAAUGCAAGAUCCUGUUAGAGCAGUAGCUGAGUCUACUACACUGGUUGUUGCUUCGCUUGUCGCUAUUGAGGCCGUCGAUGCAAACAUCGAUGCUCAUGACGCGCAUAUGAAAGGACUCAAGAGGCUAGUCCAGUUGAUGGGCGGAUUAGAUUCCCUGGACCACAUGACUCUGUCCAAAAUUUAUCAGUAUAUCUUUUACACGUCUCUACUCACCAUGCCUCUAGUGCUAACAAUUCUCAGGAGCGACGUCAAAAGUGCUGCCCUCUACAAUACUCGCCCAGUGUUCCCCCUCUCCGCCCGUUGGCGCAGCGAAAUCAUCCAAGAUUCCCGAAUUCUCUUCACACGGGAAGAGCUCGACACGCCCAAAGAACUUGUUUCCCUCGGCGUCACCAUCUUCUCUUCCUCCUGGUAUCCGAUACUUGACCGUACUAUGAAAACCUUCCUCCAGGUUAUUCGGCGCCUGAUCAUUUACUACGAACAUGCGCAGCGCAACCCAGCCUCUGUAAUGCCCACAGAUAACGAUCUUUUCCUCGUUGCCGAGCACCAAAUACUCUCAGCGUGCUACACGACAACAGAUCCCACCGAUAUUAAUGAACCACUCCGCCUCACCUUAGUCAUCUAUCUAAACCUGCGAGUGUGGCACUUUCAGUCCUUCCCGUUCAUGGAACAUGUCGUUGAAUCACUCCGACAGAGCCUGGAAGUUCCAUACCAAUAUCUCCAAUACGAAACGCCAGAGCUUCUAUUUUGGAUUCUUGCUCUUGGUAGUCUUGCGUCCCAAGGGUACAAGUGCCAUCGGUGGUACCUUAACAGGCUCAUUAAGAUGACGGAGCGGUUGGGGUUGAGCGACUGGGAGGCGGCGAGGGCGGUUCUGGGCGGUUACUUCUAUACCGACCAAUCUAGCGAGAAGAGGGCCGAAGAGGAUCUUUGGAAUGAGGUGCUUUUGAAGGAAACUUAUCCGUAUAUCGCCCCAAAGCCAGCCUGAUCCCACAACCCAUGCCGUGUCGGGUUUUGUGGAGGAUUUAGUCUAUAUGGCUAGCUGAGGAAUAUUUGGGAGAACCAAGACUUCUGGGAUUUCCAGGGCUAUCGCCGAUAGUACAACACCAAUGAGCGUCGUCUUGUCCGUGGCUAACAGUGCUACUUUUUGGUCAUUCUCACGUCACGCACGAUUUCUUUUGACUCGUAUUUGUUCCAUUCCGUCUUAUUUUGACAAGAAACUUUGCGUAAUCUGCCCUCAAAUUAAGCCAACUCAAAUUUAAAUUUAGAGCCAUUGCUCGUCCGUC